AUGUUACUCUCAUCAAGCAUUUUAGGAGGUAUAUUUGACUACCGCCUGAAAGAUGGGUCCCUAGCAUUACCUAUGGAACACUUUAAAACCCUCAUCACUGAGAAAAUCAAUGAUGAAUUUAAAGAAGAAAAGCUUGAGAACUUAAUGUCUCUAAGUUUUUACUCAGAAUUAAUAUUUGACUUUAUGAAGAAAAGUGAAAACUUCAGUGGUGCAAAUGCGAAGCUUAAACAUAUAACGAAAAUAAAUCCCACAGCAUUCAUAGCAACUAGUAAAGAUGAAGACCAACCCAAAGUGAAUAAGAAUCAGGAAAAUAGGCUAGAUGAAGAAACCUUCAUAAAAAUUAAAGAAAAAGCCAAAUCCCUGAAGGUUGGUGAAAACCAAUACAAGCUAGAGCUAAAUGUAAGUGGGAAAUUUUCAAUUGGCGAACUAGCUGGAAUAUAUAGAGUUGGGAAAAUAUGCAUCUUUUGUGGCCAACACCCAAUCAGUCUAAAAAGUCAUAAAUGUAUACAAUAA